ACGCUUUACGCGUAUACGCAUAUACGCAUAGACGUCCAUUUUAACCUGUUGCCUGUUAUUUAUUACAUUGCAGGAGAUUCUUACAAAACUGUAUAAAUAUAACCGUUCUAAUUACACCUGUUAUGGAGUACUGGAAGUGAAUCGUGACAUUGAAACGUUAUAAAGUGCAAUUAAUCUAUCGCUUACUGUGGCAGUGAUGCAGAGCACUGCACUUUGUACGCACACACAUCGCACUAUUCGACCGUAUUUAUGAUGGCUAUCCAGCUGGGAUCGUUCGUGUUCUUCGACUUGGAAACCACGAAUCUACCAACCCUCAAAACACCCAAAAUAACCGAGAUUUCUUUAAUAGCAUGUUCCAGGGAACAUCUGCUGAGUACGAAACGAGGCAAAUUGCCACGGGUGCUUCACAAGCAGACGUUCUGUUUGAAUCCCCAGCGCAUGAUUCAUCCGCGCGCAUCAGAGAGCACAGGGUUAUACAACGACUUGCUGGAACAUGAAAGUAAAUUUGACGAGAGUACAGCAAAACUUAUAGAGUUGUUCUUGCGACGCCUUCAAGCGCCGACUUGCCUUGUAGCACACAAUGGAAACCGGUUCGAUUUCAUUAUACUAAAAACGGAACUAGAAUCCUUGAACGCACAAUUGCCAGACGACACCUAUUGCAUCGACUCUUUGCCCUUGUUUCAGGCUUUGGAACAUGCUAGAGAAGAGAAACAAAAGGCUGUCCAAGAAAAUGCCGAUAACGAACUGGCUGAUCUAGAGUUGACUGCGCUGACAGCAAUGGAAGAGCUCGAGGGUAGCCCAAGCACGCUGUCUCAGAUGCAAAAGCUCAACGAAACAACCCCGCAGAAGACCAAAAAUGCGGAAAAUUGGAAAAAAGCAUUGCGAUCGUACCUGGAUGUGACCCCUUCACAGGAUAAAGGCACCGAUGAAGAACACGGUAAAGUAACGAGCCUGCCACGUUCCAAGCGACAGCUUUUCCCCGAUGAAAGCGGAGAAAAUUCAACCGAUGUAGCUGUGCCAUCGACACCACGGAGCAACUCGUUGACCAAGAAACGAUAUCGACUGUGCGACGUGCACGAACGACUGCUUGGUCAACCUCCCAAAAUGUCCCAUUAUGCGGAAUGCGAUGUGAAAGCAAUGCUGAAGUGCGCAAUCGUCGAAGGGCAGCAUUUUGUGACGUACGCUGAGGAGCAUAUGGUGAAAUUUCGAGAUUUUUCCGGAAAAUUUUAAAUGUAUUAGUUUUACGAGGACCGUGAUAUUCGAUGUAUUAUUUAACGUACAUUCGGUAAUUAGGGCAUGAUAAUUUUCUUUGAGAAUGAUUUUAAUUGUGAUACGGAUGUUUUAUGCAGGAGGUAUAACAAAUGUUCAAAAUACUUUCAAAAUGCUUUCUAUUUUUCAACGAUUUUGUGUCUUUUUAAUGUAUUCAAAAUUAAAUUUUUAGAAAAUAUUAUGCUGCGAAAUCUACAAAUAAAUUGAUUAAAGGGGUCAAAAGUAUUUCAUUAAAAUUUCAAUCAAACUAAA